AUGGCCGGCCUCGGCUUCAAGAUCAUCAUCGCAGAUGAGUCUCACACUCUCCGGACAGCCGGCCAAGAGCCUGAUGCAUACCACACAGAGGCCACCGUGUCUGUCGCGAAGCGUGCCCAGCGUGCCAUCUUUCUGACAGGAACCCCAUCCCUGUCUAAGCCGUAUGACCUCUUUCGACAGGUGGAUGCUCUCCGCCCGGGGAUGCUCGGGGACACAAGGCAGCAGUACGCUGGCCUCUACUGCGCCAGGCACAUCGUGCGUAGCAGGAUUCGCGGUGGCGAGGAAACCACGCAUGUGGACAACUCGGGCUUGCGGCGCGCGGAGGAGCUGCACCGCCUGCUGCGCUACGCCGUCAUGCUACGGAGGCUGAAGCGGGAGGUGCUAGCCCAGCUCCCUCCCAAGCGACGGCAGGUGGUGGGCACCACUGACCGCAACCGUGACGCGCAUGGCCUUGCGUCAGUGACCAGCGAGCGUGGUGGUGGGCCCAAGAUCCUGGUGUUCGUGCACCAUAAAGCCGUCAUGGCGGGCCUUGCGGACGCGAUGGAGGGGGCCGGCGGCGCCGAAAGUGUACCUUACAUUCGCAUCGAUGGCGACACUGAUGCUGAAGACAGGCGUCAAGCCGCAGCGCAAUUUCAGCGGAACCCACGCAUUCGAGUCGCCCUGCUGUCGCUGCUUGCGGCAGGGGUGGGCUUGGACUUCAGUGCUGCCAGUGCAGUGGCGUUUGCAGAGCUCCCAGACGAGGUGGGUAUCCUCUGGCAGGCCGAGGCUCGAGCGCAUCGCCAGGGCCUCUGCUGGCCCGUCAACAUCUACUUCCUGUGUGCGCAGGGCUCCAGCGACGAGCAGCGGUGGCAGCGCCUGCACCGCAGCCUUGCACGGCGUCUGAAGAUCUACUGUGCACAAACGGGGUGGUGCGAGGAAUGGCGUGAUGUCGCAACACCGGUGCAGUCCAGCUCUGCCCAAACCGUGGUGCUGCCCGGCAUCGGCCUUGUUGCGCUGCAGCCUUGGGUAACGCCGGGCAUCCUCAAGGCCGCGCUGGCAGGAGCCCAGGCGUUUGUGGCAGAAUGGAGGGAGCUGCGGGCGGUGCAUGCAGCACGGCUGGCCGAUGCCAUCCUGGGACUGCCCCUGUCAGAGGCUGUGGCGGGACUCGAGGCCAGUUUCCUGACGACGGGCAUGUACGGGCUGGGGACGUCGAGAUACCUGGAUGCGCAGAAGAGUGAAGCUCCCCCAGCUGGCUCAGAGUGGAGGACCGUGACCGUCGUUCACAGACAGUGGAAUGCGGAAGCCAAGUACAACCAAGCCUUCCUGGUCGCCACUGAUGAACGACUCUGCUUGAAUUGCAGCAGUGUCGUUGCUGAUGCCAAGGCGGUUCCUGCCGCCGCGACCCUAGACAACAACUAUCUGCUGUUCUGCAGGUAG